CCUUCGCUCGUGUCUUUCCACCAUUCCACCGCCGCAUUUCCAGCCUGUCAGCCUGGUCAUCCCGCGUUCACCACAUCUGCACCCUGUCUCGUGUUGAGGCACUCGAUCAUGCACUCCGCUAUACACACCUCCUCCGACUAAUGCCACAGAUCGAUUUAGCCUGAUCCUCUCCCCAUGUCGCUUCUCUCCAGAAUAACUGCGACUUGACCUGACCACACCUGGCCACACCAGACCACACCUGGUCGGCCCAGAAUCCCUCCUGGCCAGAAGAAAUCAUUCCCCUCCACAACGUACCAUUGACCACCGCCCUGGUGCCACUCCUGUUCCUCGACAGGUUCCAUCCACCUACACCAGCGUCCGCGUCCUAGCAUCUCGCCACUCUGCCACAGGCCAUGAACAGCAGCAGAAGAAGCAAUCCAUCUUCCUCCAUCUCAGCUCCCUUGGCCCACGAGGUCACCUGAACCUGCACAUCCUGCACGCCCCGGUACCUGCAUCCAAACUCGAGGCCAUUCUCCCAUCCCGCAGUCCCGCAAUCUUCUCCCUCACCCCCAUCUUCCUCCCAUCUCGCCUGAGUACUCAUUCUCACCUUGUCUAUUGACUCGUCAAGCCUUGUCCAUACACAUCCAUCUCACCCUCCGCCAACCUCGACCGCUACCAGCGCCCGACUAGUUCCUGACUACCACCUGCCUCGAUAUCGACCAUCUUCUUACACACCACCGCCGCAGCCUGUCCCUCGAACUUGCUGAUUGUCCGCUGUUCUAGACUUGUUACAGAGACACGUGCAUGCGAGUUGGUCUUGCACUGCUUUCACUCCUCCGCCGCAUGUCCAUUCCCUCUACUAGUUAAUGAUGGUGAUUGCUCAACGAUACCUACCAUUCCUCGGCCCUCUGUCCUUGGCUGUGUAAGCUGUUAGCCUUACUCAGAUCCCCUCUCGAGUUUGCCAUGGCCGAAACUCAAGUCAUCUCCAAAGCCGAGGACGACCUCGCCAUACAACAUGACAACGACAAUGACUCCGCCAACGAGGGCCCUCCCGGCCUCGACGACGCCGAACCACAAUCCGGAGAGCCUGCAAAGAAACGUAGACGAGUUGUCAAGCCAAAUCCGGACAAGAAAUUUGAAUGCAAACAUGAAGGCUGCGGCAAGAGUUAUUCUCGCGCUGAGCAUUUGUAUCGCCAUCAGUUGAACCACACCCCAAAGACCAUCUAUCGAUGUGACUACCCCGACUGCCAUAGGUACUUCGUCCGACAAGACCUGUGCAUCCGACAUCGAGAGCGACACACCACCCAUGGCUCUCAAUUGCAUAAGCGUGACACUUUCGCGCAGUCAAGUUCUUCUCAACAACCGCCCGCUGCCCCUGCUUCACGAAUGCCCGUCGCUCAAGCCACCAACUACGCAAUGCCUGCGCCUACUUUAAAGAGUCCAUCUUACGACGAUCAACCCCAACUUGGCAAUAUCAAUCCUUCCUACCCUCCCGAUGCGCAACAUGGUCAACACAUGCAAAUGUCUAGCAACACUGUCUCACCUUCGACCGCCUCGACCGAGCCCAGAUAUCAUCCUCAGACUCCGCAAACCAACAUGGGUGCCCCGGAGCCCAGCAUACAUCGAACAGGAAGCAACAGCAGCAGUGGACCCAGCCCGCUCCAGAAACAAGAGCCUUCCUCGUGGCAGUCAAGCCUCCGCAGACAGAGUUUUCAUGGAGAAGUCGGAUCCCACAACACGUCAUUUCCACCACCGGGCACAACACAUCGGCAUUCCUCCCCUAGCGUCCCGCAAUCCCCCGUCCAGCAGUAUUCCAGCUCUACUGUCAACCCUGGCCUCGGAGGACGUUCUCAUUCUGAUAGUGUUGUUACAAGGUCAAACGCCACGUUGAAUGGUUAUGGUCAAUCUGCCGACAUGAAUACUCUGCCCUACAGCGCCACGAGCUAUCAGAACGCCAAUGCCUCACGACCAAACGACGCAGCAUUCGUGGCCGCUGUAUCCCACGGCCUUGCGACUAGUGAUGGUUAUCCUUACCCCAUCAUGAACAAUCACAUUUCUGCCAUUGAUAUGAACACCAGCUAUGGCUUUCCUGUCUUUGGAAGCGAUGACUACACCCAAACCCCGUUCAACGUCGCCGAAGACUUCACCCAUUGGCUCUUCAACGACAAUAACUCGGGAUCAAAUGGCUUUUCUCCCCCCAACUACUUUCUUGGACAAGGUGGGCACGACGGUCAGCUAGUUACGCCAUAUUUCGCACAGAGCCCAACCCUACCGAAUUCACACCACAACAUGAGCAACCUUUCAAACACCAAUUACAAUCCGAAUCAACCUGUUCAUCCCAUGAGUGUGAAUAGCCUACUCGGGGCCACCGCAACAAGUCAGUAUAUCAUGUCAGAGGCCAAACGACAGGAGCUUCUUGACCUGAUGCAAACUCAAUUUAUCGAGAGACCCCACGACGCCGUCAAGAAGAGAAAGGAUUCCGUUUUUGAGGGCGAUAUCGAUUCUGAAGGCCAUAUAUUAAGUCUAAGAAUGAUGCACACAUAUAUCGGCUCGUAUUGGUACCACCAGCAUGCGCAAUUGCCAAUAUUACACAAGCCCACUUUCUCGGCCGAUCGAACCCCCAAUCUAUUGCUUCUCGCCGUCGUCGCCAUCGGGGCCGCCACGUUAGACAAGGCUUACGGAACCUCUUUGACCGAUUCUGCUGCCGAAUUCGCAAACUUUGUUGCUUGGCACAUCCGCUGGGAGAUCAUUAGAGAUGCAGAUUUCCGACCCCCGGCUAAGCUGUGGGUUUUCCAAACACUCCUUCUGAUAGAAACCUACGAGAAGAUGUAUGCCACUAGAGCAUUACACGAACGGGCUCAUAUCCAUCACGACUCGACGUUGACUCUUAUGAGGCGAGGAAGCUCUCUCCUCGGUCGCUCUGCUUCGGAUUCACCGCCCAGCUUGCGCGGGGAACAGGAUAGUGGCAGGUUAUCUGGUCCAUUUGCAACUUCCGAAUCAUCAAGAUCCGAGGAAUCGUGGCACAGAUGGAUCGUGACCGAAGCCACCCGGCGUGCGGCUUUUGGUGCCUUUGUGAUAGAUUCGACGCAUGCCACGAUGUUCGGACAUGCCGCAAAAAUGGUGGCUCAUGAAAUGAGACUCCCUCUUCCUUGUGAUGAAGGCCUGUGGUCGGCUGUGUCUCCUUCUGAGGCGGGUCGUGUACAGUCAUCCUUGCAGACCAAUGGAGUCAAGCCUACCAUGUUCCUGGAAGGGUUGAAGAAAACCUUGAACGGUCAAAGGGUACGGACCAAUUCUUUUGGCCGUACUAUCAUCAUGGCAGGACUACUGUCUGUAUCUUGGCACAUGACUCAGCGAGAUCUUCAAAUCUCUUCCCUGGGGCCACGAACUGCCAACUCGUUUGGCGGACCAGACAAGUGGAAGGGGGUACUUCUGAGGGCUUUCGACAAUUGGAAACGAGAUUUUGACGAGGCUCUCGCCGAAGCCGCUCCCGCGCCGAAUUCGCCAGUCCCAGCCCCGGCGGUUACACUGCACGGCAUGCUACGUCCGGUAGAUGAUGAGAACAUCUUCGAGUCGAGGACUGUACUGCACCAUCUUGCCCAUAUCGCCGCGCAUGUGGAUGUGGUCGAUUGUCAGGUGUUUGCUGGUGCAAAUCGACUGCUCGGAAGGUCCAUCACUCCCAAGGACUACAGCGUCGUCCGCGAAAAAAUUGAGCGCUGGGCGACCAAGGCAUCGGCCCGUGAUGCGGCCUUCUACGCUCUCAAAUUUAUUGCCCAGGUUCUAGUACCACCGGAUGAAGCAAUCGAUGGCAUCAGCAGUCGACUUUACGGACAUGCAAGUCCGAUUCUUCCACAAGCCUUUGAGCAGAAUCAGUACUUUGCUCGAGAUGACUUUCUUCUCAACCGUCCUUGGGUGUUGUAUAUUUCGGCGCUGGUGGUGUGGUGUUACGGCUUUGCUCUGGAAGGCCCUAUCCAACCCACACCCCUAGAGUCGGACUUUGAGACAUACGCUCAAAAGGAAAAGGAUAUGCGAGAUUAUCUGACUCGGGUCGGGGGCGUCCGAGCCCCCGACGACCUUGUUAGCGUCAAAGGACGGAAUCGAUGCCUCGGGCUACUCAUGAUAUUGAAAGAGUCCUUUGAGAGCACCAGAUGGGAGCUUACUCAUGAAGCUGCGGGGUUACUAGGUAAUGCGUGCAUGAAGCUUCAUGGCCUUGAAGGCGACAGAAUUGUUGGUCCCGGCUCCCAUGGUGCUCGAGAUGAGUUCCCGAACCGAAAUGCCAAUGGACAUGCACAUGGCCCUCCUCGAGCGACCUACGCUCAAGAGCGACACCGAGGUGUGGUCCCUCUAAAUGGUCCACCCACAGACUACAAGCACAAUAGUGCUUGAGCAAAUCUACCCUUGGAGCCAGGAGCAUUAAAGUGGCCUUGUUCAAUGGAUUGACACUCUGAUCCCGCAUUAGGCAACCUUACGAGUUCCAAACUUCUCCUCACCUGCAUAUUUGCUUCCAACUACAUCUGGACACGUUGGACAUAUAUAUUUAUCGGGAUUGUGAUGACGAGAUGCCACCACCUGGAGAUCCAGUGUUUUGGACUACAGCAUUUGGAGAUCAUGACCGACUUCAAGCACGAAAUAUGGUUGGGGUUAAUCAAAUGUGCGAUCAUCAUCAUCAUCAACAACAUCAGCAACAUCAUCAUCAUCAUCGGAUCAUUCGCUUGUUGGGAUUUAUUUUGACAUUUAAUGCGCGUUCAAGCAGGCGGCUAACUGAUACCCAAUUUUGUCUUGUCAUUGUUGGUUUUUGUUGAUUUGUUUCUUUUCUGGCAUUCAUGUAAAUAAGUCAUGGUCGGAUCAAUUUGUUUGCGAGCCAGCGCUGAUGAGCCAUGGCAUGCAUGCAAGCAUACAUGGGAAAUCGAAGAUGUUGAUUGAGAAACACGAAAUGGCGACGCAACAUUCUUCAAAUUCCACUCGCCACGGGUCACUCGACUUCGACUACUCGACGUCCGUCCGGCCGACACAAAGCCUCACUCUCACACACUCAUAUGCUCACUCACGAUUGACGAUCAUCAUCAGCCUCAAUUGCCUGGUCUUGCCGACAAGUCAAGGAGAGACAUGACAUGGGACCGACCUACUUCCCUACCUUCAGACCGGAUGAAAAUCAACCGGACGUAUGUCGUCUCACAUCACUUCUCACGUCUUACGUCUUACGGCUGCAGUACACAUCAUCGUUGUUCUCCACUGGUCUCUCUCUUCCUCUCUCUGUCUCCCUGAACGCACGCCCCUCGGCAUCCCACUUACUUGCAAUGCAUAUGCAACCAGGCAACCACCCCCUUAAUCUUCGCUUAUUAAUGCAUGUUGUUUUAUAUAGACCACAUAAGCUUUAUGAAGAUCAAUGCUAUGACUGACGAUUGCCAUCCGUCCAUAAAAAUAACUUGCAUGGAUCCUUCCCUAUGGGUAAGGGAAAGAGAUACGUAUCGUUCAAAUAUCAAAGUUAUUAAAAG